ACUUGUCCAGAUUUACAGAUUUUCAGAGCUCAUGCAAUUCAACAGACUUGGCUUGCUUUGUGGAAUGUCCUCUCCCCUCUCCCUCAUUCAACCCCCAGGCUUCGUUCUCCCACCCCCAAUCCCAAGACAACAUUAAAUGAACUGUCCAAGUUCCUGUGUGUGCCCAAGAAUUGCACCCUCUGUGGUUAGGCAUUUUAAAGUGAUCAUGUGCUAGGCAGAAGAUGAAGGUUUUCAAGUAAGUCUCUGUACAGCCGAAGCCCGAGGAGGAGGGGGAACAAAAGUUACUUGGAUGGAGCCCAGAACAUGUGAUAAUCAGAUUACUGAAAAAGUGUAUGUGUGUGCGUCUGUGUGUGCGAGGCAAGGAUGGGAAGGGAUUCUGAAUGAUGUACAGAAAAGAAAUGCAUAGGGAAAACUUUGCCGGGCUGCAAUAAGGUUAAUAACCCACUUGUUUCCAGUUGACCAAACGACUGGUUCGUAAGUCUUCUACUGCUGCAGAGAGAAUGUGUCUUUUUUCCAUCGGCAUCUUCUUCGGUCUUCUUCCUCUAGGAUUGAGCCAGUUCCCACGGGCAUGUGCCAAUUCGGACAGUCUGCUAAAAAAGGAAUGCUGCCCCCCUUGGCCAGGGGACGGGUCUCCUUGUGGAGAGCUUUCAGGCAGGGGGUCCUGUUCAGAUAUCCUUCUUUCAGAUGCCCCACUUGGUCCUCAGUUUCCCUUCUCUGGAGUGGACGACAGGGAAGAUUGGCCAGCUGUUUUUUAUAACAGAACUUGCCAAUGCACAGGCAACUUCAUGGGGUUCAACUGCGGCGAUUGCAAGUUCAACUUUGCAGGUCCCAACUGCACUCAAAGAAAGGCACAGGUGAGGAGAGAUAUCUUCCGGAUCAGUGCCAGGGAAAAGUUCCAGUUUCUUGCCUACCUCAAUUUGGCCAAGCACACAACUAGCCGGGAUUUUGUCAUUGCAACAGGAACGUAUGCUCAAAUGAACAACGGCUCAACCCCUAUGUUCCGAGACAUCAACGUCUAUGACCUGUUUGUUUGGAUGCAUUAUUACGUGUCCCGGGAUACGCUCCUUGGAGGCACCAGCGUGUGGCGAGACAUUGAUUUUGCCCAUGAGGCCCCAGGUUUCCUUCCUUGGCACCGGCUUUUUUUGCUCAUGUGGGAACAUGAGAUCCAGAAGUUGACUGGGAAUGAGAACUUUACCAUCCCCUAUUGGGACUGGCGAGAUGCCCAGGGCUGUGACAUCUGUACGGAUGAAAUCAUGGGUGGCAGACAUCCCAGCAACCCAAACAUUCUGAGUCCAGCUUCUUUCUUCUCUUCAUGGCAGGUAAUUUGCAGCCGGUCAGAAGAGUACAACAGUCGUCAAGAACUUUGCAAUGGCACAAAUGAAGGGCCUAUUCUUCGAAACCCCGGCAACCAUGAUAAAGGGAGGACACCUCGGCUUCCAUCUUCGGCAGAUGUUGAAUUCUGCUUAAGUUUGACACAGUAUGAAGCGGGAACCAUGGACAAAAUGGCUAACUUCAGCUUCAGGAAUACUUUGGAAGGCUUUGCUGAUCCGAGUACUGCAAUAUCAAAUGUAUCUCAAAGCAGCCUGCACAACGCAUUGCAUAUCUACAUGAAUGGCUCCAUGUCUGAGGUACAAGGAUCAGCCAAUGAUCCCAUCUUCAUCCUUCACCAUGCCUUUGUUGACAGCAUUUUUGAACAAUGGCUUAGAAGACAUCGACCUCUACGUGAGGUUUAUCCUGCAGCCAAUGCCCCAAUUGGACACAACCGUGAAUCCUACAUGGUCCCCUUCAUUCCACUUUACAGGAAUGGGGAAUUCUUCAUAUCAUCAAUAGAACUGGGAUAUGACUAUGAAUAUCUAACAAAUCCAGCCAACCCCUUCCAGAAUUUUUUCCUGCCUUAUUUGGAACAGGCACGUCAAAUCUGGCCAUGGCUGGUGGGAGCUGCCGUGGUGGGUGCCAUUAUAAUGUUGAUUGUUGGCAUCAUUGUUCUACGAUGUCGGAAGAAGAGACGGAUCUCAGAAGAGACACAACCAUUACUCAUGGAGAGUGAGGAUUAUCAGCACAUGACAUACCAGUCACAUGUAUAACCAUAGUCCAGUACCCAUACUUAGGGUGAAACUUGACAUGUUGUUGGGAAUCUGUGACAUAUGGUCCUGAUAUCUUUCCCAAAGCUUGGUGUUCUGUAUGUUUGUCUAUUAAUUCAGGACUGCAGUCAAAAUAAAUGGAUAUAGUAGAGAAACAAAAGGUGUGUUGGCGAUGGGGAAGAGGGAGAGGUGAUAUUUCCCACUUUCCUACCCCAUUGCCAGCAAGUAUUGUCAAGUGCUGGAAUAUCUUUGGUUCACGAGAUAUUUUGGAUCCAACCCUACCUGGCAUGGUCAAUAGUAAGCCAUUGUGGGAAUUACAGUUUAAAACAUCUAGUUUGAAUAGAUGUUCCCCAGGGCUGGCUAGCAACUGUUGACCUCACAGAAGGAAAACACAGCAUCCUGAAAUCCAUUGUUAAUUUCAAAUAGACUAGACUUAUUGAAUCAAUUGAAUUGACAUAUGUGUUGAGUUACCAAGUUACCACUGAUUUAAUUGGUCUAGUGUUGGGACCAACAAUAGGAUUUAGGUCAGAUACAAUAUGAGUACCUGUUAUUUAAUAUCUGCAAAAGCUGCUUUGAAAUAUAGGAGAUAUAAUUUAAUUGAGAGAAUGAUCAAACGCAACACUAAUCCCAUCUCUCCACUCCAUGAAAUGUUUGAUUUUGAAGCUUUGAAAAGACAUCAGAACCUCCUGUUGAGGGUCUAUCAUAACUUGUCAAUGUUCACCUUUAUUCUUUAAAUAAUCUAAUGUGGUUAUUUGAACAUUUAAAUCACUUCAAGGCAGACUUAAGCACAUUUUAACCAUUCUUUUAUAUUUGCAACUGGAGCUGGUUCAAGGAGCAGAUUUCAUUAUACAGCAGCACUACAUAGCAUCAUUAGACAACCAGCCUGAUCCUCUUGCCAUUGUCAUUUUUAAAAAGCACACUGAGUAAAAAACUUAAUAGCUCAAGGUCGAUUCCACCAUUCUUUUCAGCAAUUAGCUGAAUCCCAAUUUUUGUUCAAUUCAAAGAAAGCUCAUUGAAUCAUCAGGUUUUGCUUAUUUGUUGACUCAGCAUUCAACAAUUCAUUUAAUAGUUUAACUGUAGUUGAAACUCACCAACAUGAUUUUGGGCAAUGUCUUGAAGAUGUGGAAUUUACUUUAGGACAAUGUGGCAGCAGUCAUAUUACUUUUCUAGACAUUGUAUGUGGGGGCAUUAGGGAAAAAGACACAAUGGCAGCUAUUGGGGGCCAGUACAACCAAGGGACGUGCUUUUCCACCAAUCUUAGAAAGAUAACGUAUUAUUAUAGAAUGGGAUACCAUCAGACAGCAUCUCUCGAGUCUUCUUUUCUCUCUUAGUGGGCUGGGAUAAUAUUUACAUUGUCUUUAGUCUUCUAUGCCAAAUAAUGUUGGUGUCUCAUCAAACUACAGCUCCCAUGAUUACAUAACAUUGAACCAUGACAAUUAAAAUGGCACCAAGAUGCAUUAACUCAACAGAUUGGAUGCAUCCUCAGAUAGGUUGUGGACGAAGAUACCACAAGGUGACAAUUCUUCAAGAUGAACACAUCUGACACAAAAGUGGUCAGUUUCAAGGAUGACUCUAUGUCACAAUAAAUAUUACUAUAUCUAAGUACAAGAAGCAUUUAGCCCACCUUGGGUUGAAAAUGUGGACCAGACUAUGUAGACCAUUGUAUAUGAACAAGCAUAUUUCCAGAUGUAGUGUGUGCCACUAUUCAUGCCUACACAUGAGACACUGUUAUGUAUUUUGAAAUUUGCCUUUGUAUUUUUAUUUCUUAAGGGCAAUUAUAUGUGCGCACCUCUGCUAUUGGCACACGUGGAAUAACCUACCAAUAAACAUAUUUUAUUCUGCCUUAAGAAGAAAAAAGUUUGCCUCCAUAUUUUAAAGUCUUUCUUGGAAAAUUGAUAUUGACUGGUGAUGUUAUCAGUUACACUGAAUAUCACAAAAGCUCAGGACUGAAAUUGCCAGAUCAAAUACUGGGACAGGACACCUGCUCCUUUAAUGCUUAGCAGAUAUUUUUUAAAGUAGGCUGGAUGGCCAUCUAUUGGGAAUGCUUUGAUUGUGUUUUGUGUAUGGUUCAACUGGAUAGUCUUGGGGCUUCUUCCAACUUUAUGAUUCUAUGAUCUUGGAAUGAGACAAUGCAGCAUAAAGAUCUGCCAAGUGGAACUAUGCAACAUCUUCUUCAUCCCUUAACUCUGUGUUUUAGGUGCUGCAUCUUGCCUAUAGCAUGGGCAUUUACUAGCUGGUGGAGGGCAAGGGAUGGCAAUGCAGAAGAGUUUCAGUUAACUAUUAAAGAUAAAGGUCCAGUGCUGAAGCCUACUCAAUGUAAGGUUGCAUAUUUCCAUGAUACCACCAGUCAGUUAGGGCUUGG